AUAACAGAGGAAGAUUUGACUCUUCAAGGUCAUCCUACGUUGUCAUAAUCAUAACCAUUUGCUUGUAGUUGUUAACGAAUAUGGUUUUCUCCCUACACCAAGGUUAUAUACGUGGAGUCUAAAACACCCUAUUAUUCUUACUUUCAAACAGUUGGUCCAGCUGUAUGGAUAUUGCUUCUCUCCUUGAAUGGAAACUUAACUGUUUCGAACAAUCUUUUAACACCGUAUACAAUCUUUCUAGGCGUUUUUCGAAUAAGGGAAAUAAAUGCACAUGUGCUAAAAUUGCGGUUCAAGUUGAUAACAAAGAAACUGUCAAUACCUAUGAUGUCGAUUCUGAUAGCGCGCUUAUAAGGGAAGUAGAAGAAGCUCUUCAAAAAGCACACUUAACUCUUUCUCCACAGAAGACAAAAAAGGAGCCUAUCUCCGUAGAUAGGCCUAGCAAGAGUGUCCUGAAAAUGUGUCAUGGAAACACUUGUAUAAAGAAGUCGAGACCUGAUAGCAGCGGACCUAUAACAAAGCAGCGGAAAUAUAUUCCUGCCCACUAUAAAGCUCCCUAUAGAACGGAUUUGCACAUACCAAACCGUAAAAAGUUAUUUACAUUAGGACAGCCAGUAGCAUCAUUUCCACCAACGAUGGACAACAAAAAUAUGAGUGACAGAACCAUAAAAAAGAUCAAUGAAACCAGUACUAAACAGGAAAAUCACACAGAAGUGAAUUUUUUCGAAGAUAUGUGGGUUCUUAUAUAAACCUAACUGUAACAGAAAUUUAUUAUGCCAUCCAGCUUCUACAUGUGACUGCUACCAAUAUCAAACCCAUCAGCAGGCUGCUUUAAUCGAAAAAUAUAAUAAAAGUGUUUCGUGCUUGUGGCUCUCGAUCUCACGUACCAGGCAGUUAUUAAGAUCGGAAGAUAGAAGUAUUAUAGUUCAGUUUUUUAAAAACAUCCCCAUGGAAUCCAAACUGUUUUCUAGUAUGUGCUUUGCUAUUCAAAAGUGUGACCUUGCCAUCGCUUCGUUCGAAAAAUUCACUAGUCUUGUGAGUUGCAUUGGUGAGUAUUAUUUAUCACAACUAAAUAGAUUAAUUUCAGCUGUUAAAAUUUUAUUUUAUUAAAUUUUGAAGAUGUGGUUGUAUCACUUUCGUAAAAGAUGUAAAACUACUUAAUUUUAAUUUCGUAUACUUUAUAAAACUUUUCGUGAUCAGUUCGAUAAACUGUUCUUUUCCUUACGGUACAACUGAGUAAUGUUCGUUUGGCCAAUACGCGUACAACUAAGCUUUACAGGUUUAACACAAGUGAAUCAGAACUUGCAAGCUCACUGAGGUUGAUGCAACUGUGGUUGUUGAUAAAAUAAUCAUCUUAUGCACACCGACCCCGAAAACGUAAUAUUAUCUGCAAUUUGGCUAGAAUAGUUAUAUAACAGCAUUUCAUAAAGUUGCUAAGUCGUGUCAGAAAACUCAAAAUGGUUGUAGUCACCGGUUCAAAAAGACGUAAGGGUAAUAAUGCAAAUGAACUUCAAAAGGAUCAUUUUCUCUGGUUUACCGUUUUUACUUUUUCCGGAGAACCGGAUGAUUUUUUUACUGUUAUAUAUUCUGUCCCUUUCAUAUACUCCAUACGUUUCAUUGUACUACUACAUGAAAUUGUAAGCCGACUUAUUUGCAUCAAUUUCAACGAAGUUCAUCUUAAUGCUCGUGAUUAGAUACACAACGCUUCUGCCCGUCACCCUUUACAAUUUUCUUCAUCUAAUGUAAAGCGACUUUUACAUGUACAGAAAGUCAGUCAAGAUGAAAUUAAUUGGAUUCAGUACGUUUUUUCAAGAUUCAGCCUCAUUUUAAAACUGUUGGAAUUACUGAUGACAAAGGUGAACCCUGAUUCAAGCGACUUGUCAACAACGAAUGUCCUUAAUGAUCUUCUCACUCAUAAUGAUCCCAUAAGUGCCUGGUUUGCUUCAAAACACCCAGUUAAACUAGUUGCUCCUCCAAGUCCAUAUGAAGCGUUUCUGACUAUAGGCAACUGUCCUAGCACUCCGGGAGCAUUUUCCCGUUUAUUAGCGUUAACGGCAUGGCCUCAAAUGUGUGUAUUCAACGGCAGCGCGAAACAAGCAUUAUUAUUUACAAACCUUUGGAGUGAGCUUGAAUCUGUCCAAACAGAACUCGAACUUUUAAACACUUUUAAAGCAAAUCUACCUAAUUUGCUUGUGGAUCAUCUAUUCACAAAAACGAUCAAUCAUGCGUCGGCUUUCCGUAAUUUAUACACACUCGUUUGCGGAAACAGUCCAUUGAUUUUGAAAAGCAACGUAUAAAUGACAUUCUACACAUCUCCAUAUCUUGUACAUUUCAUAUAUGCUAUAGAAACAGAUUGGCAAACAUGUGCAAACUUUUUUUUAGCUAUUAAAUGACGCAUCAUGUUAUAUUCAUUCUUUUAAAAUUGCCACAACAUAGUCGAAAAAUAUUUUUUAAGUAAAAAGACAACUUUUAAAUAAUUUGUAGAAAUUUAUCAAAACUUACUAUCAAACUACCUAGGUUACUUUUAAUAUACAAUCUUAAAGCAGAAAUUAAUCAUUUUUAUUGACUUUAUGUUUAAAUUAUUGUACAUUUGUAUUUUACAUUUGAAUAUACUGGUUAAGCGGAGA